AUGCGAUCUUACACUCUUCUCGCCCUGGCCGGCCCUCUCGCCGUGAGUGCUGCUUCUGGAAGCGGUCACUCUACUCGAUACUGGGAUUGCUGCAAGCCUUCUUGCUCUUGGAGUGGAAAGGCUGCUGUCAACGCCCCUGCUUUGACUUGUGACAAGAACGACAACCCCAUCUCCAACACCAACGCCGUCAACGGUUGUGAGGGCGGUGGUUCUGCUUAUGCUUGCACCAACUACUCUCCCUGGGCUGUCAACGACGAGCUUGCCUAUGGUUUCGCUGCUACCAAGAUCUCCGGUGGCUCCGAGGCCAGCUGGUGCUGUGCUUGCUAUGCUUUGACCUUCACUACUGGCCCCGUCAAGGGCAAGAAGAUGAUCGUCCAGUCCACCAACACUGGAGGUGAUCUUGGCGACAACCACUUCGAUCUCAUGAUGCCCGGCGGUGGUGUCGGUAUCUUCGACGGCUGCACCUCUGAGUUCGGCAAGGCCCUCGGCGGUGCUCAGUACGGCGGUAUCUCCUCCCGAAGCGAGUGUGAUAGUUUCCCCGAGCUUCUCAAGGACGGCUGCCACUGGCGAUUCGACUGGUUCGAGAACGCCGACAACCCUGACUUCACCUUCGAGCAGGUCCAGUGCCCCAAGGCUCUCCUCGACAUCAGUGGAUGCAAGCGUGAUGACGACUCCAGCUUCCCUGCUUUCAAGGGUGAUACCUCGGCCAGCAAGCCCCAGGCCUCCAGCUCCGCUAAGAAGACCACAUCCGUUUCUGCUGCCGCUCAGCCCCAGAAGACCAAGGAUUCCGCUCCUGUUGUCCAGAAGUCCUCCACCAAGACUGCCACUCAGCCCGAGCCCACUAAGCCCGCUGAGAAGCCCUCCUCUACCAAGCCUGCUGUGAAGCCCGAGACCGAUAAGCCUGUCGCCACCAAGCCUGCUGCCACCAAGCCUGCUGCCACCAAGCCCGCUCAACCUGUCAACAAGCCCAAGACAACCCAGAAGGUCCGUGGAACCAAAACCCGAGGAAGCUGCCCGGCCAAGACUGACGCUACCGCCAAGGCCUCCGUUGUCCCUGCUUAUUACCAGUGUGGUGGUUCCAAGUCCGCUUAUCCCAACGGCAACCUCGCUUGCGCUACUGGAAGCAAGUGUAUCAAGCAGAACGAGUACUACUCCCAAUGCGUCCCCAACUAA